AUGCCGCAGAUGGGCCCAUGCGCGACCAGCACUUGUCUCCUGGCGCUUCUGGCCGCCGUUGUCGCGGCGCUCGUCCCCUGGGUGGCCCACGUCGAACUUCAUCCCGGCGAGGCGGAUGACUGCAUGCUGCGGCCAUUGUGCAGCUCGCACCCAACGCUCGUGAAGGGGCUGAUGUGCCUUCUGUUCCGGUACCCCGUGGACGUUGACCGGGGCGAUUACAAGCAGCAGGUGCUGGUGCGACUGAGGCGACUCACGCAGCGGAGCCUGAAGGGACAGCGGCACGUGGUUGAGGGCGUCACGCGGAGCCUGGCCGCCAAGCUUGAAAAUCCAGACAAGCCGCUGGUGCUCCACUUCGCGGGGGAUAAUGGGGUGGGCAAGACGACGCUGGCGCAGCUCAUUUCCCUGGCCCUGGGCCUCAGGUGCCGCGACGCCGCGUGCACGACGGGUGACUCCACGCUGGUGCUCUCAGGCGUCAGCUAUGACGGCUACAGUGCGCAGGAGUUCCGCCGGGUCGUGGUCCCGAGGAUAGUGCAGCACGCCCUGAGGUUCCCAAAAAAUGGUGUCGUCAUCGUCAACGACCUUGGGGCCCUGCACCCGGAUCUUGUGCGUGUGCUGCUCCCAUUGUUGGGCAGGGCGCCCUCUUUUCCGGAGGCUCCCGGCGUGCCCCUCGGCCGCUUAUUUGUUAUUGUGACCACCGACUUCGGACGGCAGGGCCGCACGCAGGGGAAGAGCCUCGCGGAAAUGCGUCGCCUCGUUGAGGAGGAUUUUAAGAGCCUCUACAGUCAACUGUCGUCGUCGAUGAUUGAGACAUUUCCAUUUCUCCCGGCGGCACUGGAUACGGCCAAGGAGAUCGUCCGACUGACCAUCCUGGAUUAUAAGUGCCGACACGGGGAGGCAAUCCGGGAGUUGCGCGUGAGCGAGGAUGCGGUUUUGUGGUUCGUUGACCUUGUGCGCGACGACCUUCCGGUGGAAAACGGCCGCUGUGUUGCGCAGGCUGUCUCGGCCCUGGUGGGCCCGGGGAUUUUGCGGCACCUGCCCGACAACCCCUCGGCCCUGGUGUCUUUGUACGUUGACAUCGACGACAAUGGCUCCGUUGCCGUCCUGCCGUUACCGGCGCGUUAG